AUGACAGAGUCCUCCCUCCUUACCACGCAUUCGAUACCGAACCACUAUCCGGUCACCGCUGCCCCUUCUCUAGCCUCUCCUCUGCCUGAUGGCUCUCUUUCAGAUACCAACGCGCGAGACGAGGAGGAGUACACCAUCAAAUGCAUCUGUAGCUAUACCGAUGAUGAUGGCAGCACAGUCUACUGCCCAAAGUGCGAUACCUGGCAACACAUCUUGUGUUUCUACAAUGAUCGCAAGGUGCCAGACGAGCAUUUUUGCGUAGAUUGCCUCCCUCGAGAUCUCGACGCCAAGAAAGCAACUGAACGGCAGAGGCGACAUCGAGAAGGCCUUGACGAUGGCAGUGACCGGAAGGCCAAGCGGCCUAGUUCCAAAAGUCAAAAAAAGAAACACAAGGACAGCAAUGCUGCUGUCGAACAGGUCAACGGCUGGCACACCCACGACCGCCACGAAUCUGUCGCCAGUGCAAGAGAUCUCCCUCCUGCGAAAAAGCCAAAGACAAAUCAUCGUACAUCUGGUUCCAUUGUUUCCAUGAAUGGAGAGUCACGGAAACGCGCUGCGUCCACGGUUCAAUCCUAUCCCAGUCCUUCCAAAUCCCCACAAGAUUUAUUCCGUUUCCCUGUCAUUCCCACCUACACGACCGAGUUUUUGGAGCUCUACGAGCGUGAUGAGGGCAAUGCUGACGCUCGAGACAACGAGCAGACCAUCAAAGCUGCCAAUCAGCUCUCAGCGUGGCGUUCCGAUCCUUCCUUGAUCGUGAGUGGACCUGGACAACAGCCAACCCAACAUUCGCCCUUUGUGCGCCUCAACAGACCCCUUGAUCCCGUCACCUUUCCCAAGGUUACCAUCGAGACCGUACAAAAGACCGACGUCGAGAUAGAAGGACGACACCCCAAAUGGCGAUACCUCCGGAUUCAAACUCCUGUCAAGAAAGAUGAGAUUGUGGGUGAAGUUCGAGGUCAAAUCGGUAUGUUGGAAGAGUAUUGUUCACAGAGAUCGACCUCGAAUCGUUGGAAUGAACUUCGCCAUCCGGACCCUUUCGUCUUCUUCCAUCCCCAUAUGCACGUCUACAUUGAUAGUAGAACAACUGGGACCGAGUUUCGAUACCUACGGCGCUCCUGCAGACCUAACGUGACCCUCAAGACUUUUAUCUCGGACGACGACGAAACGCAUCAUUGCUUUGUCGCCAGCAAAGAUAUUCCCGCAGGAUCCGAACUGACCACCAUAUGGUUCUUGGGAGAUGAGAUGAACCUCGACGGUCCACAUAACGACUCGGAGCAGGCACAAAGCCGGCGACUGGACUGGGUGAGCCGUGUUUUGGCCAAUUUUGGAGAUUGUGCUUGCGAAGGCAGUGAUCCAUGUCGAUUGGCUGGUCUAGAUCGUCGAGUUUCGGCGAGAGCAUUGGAAGCGCCUCCCAAAGACAAGGCAGGCAAGAAAAAGAAGAGUAAGAACAAAAAUGCCAUUUCGCCCUUGAGUACAGGACAUGCCACCAACAGUCGUGCAGGAAGCGAGCCCAAAGUUCAAGACGAAGACGAACACUUCGACCGCCGAUCGACGACCGAUUCCUCUCGCAGCGGUGGUCCUAGUCGAGACAUCACUCCCGUCAACGUUGCUGCCCUCGACGCAGACCCAGUUCUCAAUGGUGAGCUGACCGCGCGUGAGUUGCGCAAGAUCCAAAUGGCGGAGAAGGCAUUUGCCCUUCGAGAGCAAGAAAAGAAGGAUCAUAACGGACAAGCUCAACAACGCAAGAAGAAGCGGACAAGCGGUGGAUCAACAUUGAACACCCCCAAUGUGAAUUCAUCCAAGCAAAUUGGGCAUUCACAUGGUUCACACCCUCCGACUCCAAGUGCGUCGAGGAUGAAUGGCACCACUUCUGCCUCACCCCCACCGCACAAGGGCCAUCUAGCAUCUGGGAAUGUCCUGGGUCGGUCUGACACAAGGAACUCCAUCCCAGCCCCUCGACCUGUGUACGUGAGUAUUGCCAUUCAGACGGAUCCCGAAGAGAACGAGCUACCAAUGCCACCCAUCAAAAGAAGGAAAUUUUGUACGCCCACACAACGCUUGCUGAGAAGGCUGUUGGAAGAUCGUGCUAAGCAUGGUCAACGUCUCCCCGAGCAAACGUCACCCUCUCCCAAAGCUCCUGGUCAAUCUCAACAAGAGCCAGCUGAUGUGGAAAUGGGAGAUGCACCAAGCGGUGUUUCUCCCACUACUUCAGCAACUACUGCGAGAGGUCAUCCAGUCAAGAGCCCCGACAGUUCAAUUAAUGUGGGAACUUCGACUUAUCCUCUGCCAUCCCAAGCCGCACAUACUCACAUACCGUACAACACUUCGCCUCGACCUCAAUUGUCUACUCUUCCUCCGGUGCCGGUCUUCACCUCGAAUGGAACACCUUCCAGUUCGGUGGCCAAUGCCCACACAGCGGCGUCAACCUCGACCAUGGCACAGUCUCCUGGUGCACUCAACCUAGCUCCAAGUGUGAUUUCAAUUGUGACACCAAGUCCUGCUCGCAAGAAGUUGAGCCUUGGUGACUACAUGAGUCGACGCAAUAUGGCCUCAACCCCGACUAGUGAGAAGACUCAGAGUCACGGCGGACUCAACGGUGUGGAUACUGAGAUGACUCGGGACGGUGAACAGGCUCGAUCGUCGCCUGGAGCUCUGGACUCAUCACCAGCCAACAUGAGGCCCAAUGAUGAACUUGCUCAACAGGCAGCAGCUCAGGGAGGGCUAUCUGGCAGUGCAGUAGACGACACGUCGAUGAAGGAUGAGAGUGAUGAGCCCGAGUACAGCCCACCUGGGGCGUCACCUUUGGCAUCGUCGAUUGCUGAGAGCAACAAAGAAGACCCACAAAUUCCCACCAAUGCACGAAUUGGCAUUGGGUCGACAGCUUCGAAUAUGCCAGCACACCUUACCCAGGUCAGUGGCAAGUGA